AUGUCUCGCUACCGCCCCGAUCCUCAUUAUUCUGAAAGUAGCCUCCCUUAUCGUGACCCUCCCCCUCAGCGCUGGGACACCGACAGGUUUGCACGAGAACGAGAGAUCCGAGCCCCUCCUGUCAUUGACCAGCGUCCUCCCUACGCUGAUUACCCGCCCCGUCGUGCUCCAGUCUACGAAGAUGAGCGAUAUUAUGAAGAAGAGCGAUACGGGCCUCGGGGUACCACUGAGCGCAGAUAUUUCGAGGAGACCGACUACUACGAUCCGAGGAGCCAGAGAGGCCAGCUGGUUCCGUAUGCGCCGGAACGUCCAGCCAGACCAGAGGCACCACCACGGCCAGGUCUUCUCCGACGCCAAUCGAGCUUGGACACGUUCGACCGCCAACCUGCCCGGCGCUACCGUGACUAUGAGGAUAGCUACAGACCGCAGAGAGUUCCCCCGGCAAGGGAGCUGAUCCCUAUCCCAGCCCCAUCUCCUAAGCGUUAUCCUAGAUACGAUGGGCCAUCCUACGAUGAUGUUCGUGUCCAAGACCCAGAUCUCUAUGGUGAUGAUGGUUUCAGAGAAUACCGUGAACGGGAGUGGGUGUCGCGAAGGAGACGAAAUAGUAGUCCAUCUCCUGAGCGUCGAUCGGUGAGAGAAGAAUUCUUCGAGGAAGUCAAAGAGGAUACCAAAGAAGUCAAGCCGUACCCCCGCCGCGGCAAGACUCGUAUGCCAAAAAGACUGGUGCAUACCAAGGUUCUGUAUGAUCUGGGUUAUCCCUACUAUGAAGAGGAUGAACGUACAAUUGUCAUUGAGAAGGCCCUGGGGCCGGACAAUAUUGAUGAAGUCUUCGCCAAAAGCAAGGAGUAUCGUGAGCGUGAAGUUAGUACAACCCGUCUCAUCGAGGCUCCUCCAACAUCGAGGAGCCGGCAAGGUGAAGUUGUGAUUGAGAGAACCGAGAAGAUCGAGGAGACAAAGACAGUACCGCUCACCGAGGCUCCUCGCUCUGUCCGGGAGUGGGAUGGGCUCUCAGUGCGUUCACCGUCUCCAAAAUCACAUCGUUCACACUCCCGGCGACGAUCGCGCCGACGGUCUUCGCCUGGACUAGUCAAAGAGACCGUGGUAGAAAAGAAAGAGGUUGUCAGAGAAGUGUCUCCAGCGCGCACGCAUCGAUCGAGCACAACUCGCCGGAGAGGCUCGUCUGUCAGUGAUGAAACCAUCAUUGAGCGAAAAAUUACGCGAGAAGCAGACUACGAGGAGUCCAACUCCGUCCAUCUUGGCCCCUUAGCACUGGUGGUCGACAGGAAGCCUCCUCGCAGCGAUCGCGACAUCAAGGAAGAAAUUCGCCACCUCGAGGCAGAACGAAAAGCAUUGAGACGAGAAAGGAAAUACGAGCGCGAUGGUGGCACAGAGAUUGUCAAGAUCGAGCGGGUCCGGGAAAGAUCUCCCUCGCCUCGUGGUGAAGUGAUCAUUGAACGACGUGGCGAUGAGAUCCUAGAAGUCAAGAAAGACCGGAGAGGUAGGAUGUCGUUGAUUGCCAAAUGA